CUGUGUUCCAGGAGAACCCAGGCAGUUACGUUUACAAUACAACCGUGACUCCGACUCCGUCUUAUAGUUUUGUUUCGUCGUUUUCCAUCUCUUCUGUUCUUCUCCUCUCUUGAGUCUUUUAAAGCUACCUUGCAGUUUGCUGUCGUGAUACCCCAACGCACACCGUCCACACAAUCCACUGCAUUACAUCACUCCAGUCACAAGACGCGCACUAAACCACCACGAAGAACCGUCACCAGGCACCUACCAGAGAAGAAUAAGCCACACAAAUCCAAGAGCGAUCAUCUGAUCGAGUCUAGCUGCUGUGUUGUUAUUAUCAAAACCUUUUUACCCCGGAAAAUAGUCUCCGUUCUAAUUCCCAACCAACGCCAAACGCUUGGUGAGGUGGUCAGCUCUUAGCCCCGGACAGCAUCUACACCAAUCGUAAAUGUUGCCUCCCGCCGCCGCAGCCGCCUUGUCCAACAACAACGUUCACCUCGCUGUUCGUCAACACCUCGAUCCCGUUGUCGUCCCCGCGCUCGAGAACACCAUCGCCGUCGCCAUCCCCAAUGUCGUAACGUCUCUCGCGGCAGCAGCAGCAGCAGCAGCAGCGGUAGAUCCAACAAAUCUACCCCAUCCACCACCGUCGUUCAACGACCACCCGCAAGGAGGUCAACAACCCGCGACGGCGGAAGCAGGAACCCUCAUCUCCGUCACCAUGACUCCCACCCUCUCCCCAAUAUCAAGCCCAACCGCAACCGGCACCCCCUUCUCCCCCUCGGAAAACCCCACCGAAUGCCGCCUCCUAGGCUCCUUCGCCAUCCUAGUCCAGCUCGCCCUCGGCGGCCUAGCCCUCCUCUCCCUCGUCUACAAACGAUGGCGCGAGCGCCCCCAGCGACCGGUCAAAAUCUGGUUUUUUGACGCCUCAAAGCAGGUCUUUGGGAGCGUGCUAGUCCACGGCGCAAACGUGUUCAUGUCUCUGCUCACGAGCGGGAGGUUCAACAUCACGACCAUUGCUCCCCCGGCAACGGUGUCCGAGGCGGCGAGGAGAGGGGUGUUGAUGCUUCUUAAACGGACAGCAACGACGACAACGACGGUAGACGAAUAUGUACCGAACCCGUGCUCUUUUUACCUUUUAAACUUGGCUAUUGAUACAACCCUCGGCAUCCCAAUCUUAAUUCUCAUCGUCAGAAUAACCACCACUUUGGUCACUUACACCCCGCUGGGCCAACCCCCGGAGUCGGUUCAGUCAGGGCACUACGGCUCGCCCCCCAACGCGUGGUGGUGGUUGAAGCAGUCGUUUAUUUACUUUUGCGGCUUGAUGGGCAUGAAACUUGUUGUUCUGGUCAUUUUUAUGAUUUUUCCCUGGAUCUCGGAACUGGGGGAUUGGGCGCUUAAGUGGACCGAGGGCAACGAGAAGCUGCAGAUUGUCUUUGUCAUGAUGCUGUUCCCGCUCAUCAUGAACGCGAUGCAGUAUUACAUCAUUGAUAGCUACAUCAAGAAGCAGGAGGGCAAAGGGGAGGUGGAGGGUAAGGGGUAUGAUGAGGUUGAUCAGGAGGAGGGGGUGGAUGGGUCGGUUGCGAGUGAGGAUAGUGAGAGUGAAGAAGAGGAAGGACAGAGGACGCCAAGGGCUGGGAAAGGGGCGAGGGACUUGGAGAGGGACGAGUAUGAUCCUGAUGUGGACGGGGACAGCCAGACGGUGGUGGGGAGCAGCUCGAGUCGGAUUUCGAGUCGGGGGGUGUUGACAGAGGAUUUGCUUCCCAAGGAAUGAUUUUUUUUUUUUUUGCACGACUGAAGAAGGAAUGAUGGGAAAUGGGUUCACGGCAUUUUUCUUUCCGUUUUAUGGUGUUUUUUUGGCUUGGGAUUCAGGAGGGAGACGGAAUGGCGUUUUAUAUAAGUUUUUUCCUACAGGUUUCGGAUCCGUAUUCAUUUUCAUUUUCCUUUUCUCGUCUGCAAUCAUCAAGUUGGAAUAUCUCUCUCCACAGACCCUUCAAACCAACAGCACAGCAUGGGAAAGCGUACGCAUGGGCUUUUUCGGUAUUUUAGAACACAGAGGUAUUUUCGGCAAUAAACAACAGAAACAGAUCAUCGUCCGGUGUUUGGAAGUUCUCAUCUAAGUAGGGUAAUCUUCGCCGUCAUCCGUGUUAGCAACACGCAAAUUUGACACCUCACAACCGGGCAGAACUAUCCAAUGUACAGUGCUUUCUCUCUCUCU